UAUCCGAAUGAUGCCGCGUAAUACUUUAAUGUGUAAAGAGUAAACUAAACAUUCAUAAUUGUAUAAACAUAAAUCUCAAUUUGAUUUUAGUAAAAAUUUAAAAUAAUUUAAUAUAUAAUACAGAAUUUUAUUCUGUGAUGGCUGACGAAACAGAACAGGUACCAGCGAUAAAUGUUAAAGAACCUUUAGACCUUAUAAGAUUGAGCCUCGAUGAAAGAAUAUAUGUUAAAAUGAGAAAUGAAAGAGAAUUACGUGGACGAUUACAUGCUUAUGAUCAGCACUUAAAUUUAGUUUUGGGUGAAGCAGAAGAAACAGUAACUACGAUAGAAAUUGAUGAAGAAACAUACGAAGAAGUUUAUCGUACAACUAAAAGAAAUAUUUCUAUGUUGUUUGUACGUGGCGAUGGAGUAAUUUUAGUUUCUCCUCCUAGCAUGAGGGCACCAAUAUAA